AUCUUUCUGAUAUUGAUAUUAAAAGUGAAGUUAUUGAUGACAAUAAAUCUAUGUAAAGUUAUUUCAUUUUGCACCGGAUAUAGUAUCGUUGUUCUACCAACACGUGUUGGGAUCGGUCAACAUUAUCAGCAUGUCGAAAAUAUUUGAAACAGAAUUGGAAUUUUGUGAGGUAUGUGGCUCGGUUUUGCCUUUACCAGGUGAGACAAUGUUUAUUGAAUGCAAAAGAUGCCAAAACAAAAUCAACGUGAAAGAAUUCCAUGGUAUUGAAAAUCAUUCAUCUCACAUUUUCAAAUCUUAUGAUGCUAGCACAAAUGAUAAAGAAGAGGAGCUGUCUGGUCCCACGGUUGAACGCAAGUGUUCAAAUUGUGGCUAUGAAGAAAUGAUAUUUAAAGCUCAACAGACAAGGUCAGCAGAUGAAGGUCAAACUAUAUUUUAUACAUGCAAAGAAUGCAGACAUCAAGAAAUCGAGUAUUCCUGAAAUUCUGGUUAUUGGAUACAUAAUGAAAAUGAAAAUGUGAUUUGGCACAACCAUUUUAUAGGACUGACUGAUUAUAAAAAACUGAUAACAUUCACUAGUUAUCAUUUAAAAUUGAAUUUCAAGACAUUUUGUAAAUAUGUGUGUAUAUGAGUUAUUUUAUAGAAAUAUAAUCUAUUUUAAAUACUGAAUAUGAGGUUUUGUAUCAAGUUUUCUAAUUACUGUGUCAUGGUAUAUGUAUGCCAUACUUUUUGAGUGUAAUUAUGUCGUUAGUUUUAACAAAGGACAUCUAACUGUAUAAAUACCUGCUCUAAAUGGAGUAAUUCUCACCAAUCUUUUGAAUCCUUUUUGUUUAUUUUUUUUCACCAGAGACAUAAUACCAGUUACAGGAUACAAGCACUCAGACAUUAGACAUUUGGCCAUUGUAGUAUCAGCUUAGCUGGCUAAUAAUUUUCAUACUGGAAAACGUUAUUUGAAACCAUUUAGUGGCAAAUAGGAAUAUGAUCAUUUGUGAACUAAAUAAGUACAUUAGGCAAUGAUUGUGAAAGAUAUGUGGAGGUCAGAGAGAGUGAGUAAAAAUGAGUUUUAUGUGCAACAUUAAAAGCCUUUGAAUAGAAGUGAUAUAUGAAGGAGAGGUGGGUGUGCAAGUAUUAUUUCAUUUUGUUUUCUAUCAUUAUUUGUGAACAUUAAUAUUACUGGUUACAUGUUUCCAAUGAGCCAGUUGCUGGUUCAGAAUAGUUCUGACACCAUAACUAAUAAAGAAAUGUCUUUAACUAGGUGCAAACUACUUCUUUUGAAGAGCACUGGGAUUUUCCCUUUCCUACAGUAUCUAUUACAAUAUAUACUUGCUCUAAAGUGUAUCUAUUCUAUUUAGUGGAGUAAAAGAAACCUGGACUAAUUCUGUAUUUGAUCUAUGUUCUGCAUUAAAAUUUUGCUAUGGUAUGGUAACUUUGCCUAACAUCUUUGGAGUUGAUAAAAA